CGUCUACAGCUCCUCAACUGACAGAUCGUGUCCUGACGCUUCUGUCGUCAUCCGUUUGCUAAAUGCGGCACACCGUUUAGUAUAAAUAUAUACACAAAUUUACUUUUUUUUUUAAACAGAAAAGAUUUAUCAGUUUCGCUUCCCCACCUAUAUACCGUGUUUUGCUUCCUUCGUAAUUUAUCUUGACGGUGUUAUUAGGAGACUGUGUUAGAUCUACUUCACCAUUGGAUACCUACAAUUAUAAUCCAGACAAUGAGGUGGGGAGUCUGUCUCUUCGUUCUGGCCUGCGCCCUAGUCGCCGAGUUUUCACAAUGUCAGGUGAGUCUUGAACAAUAUAAAAAAAAAAAAAAAGCCAUAUUAUAUUUGUUUUGAGCUGGACAGGUGCGUAGGUCUUAAAUGAAACUGAAUACAUGUUCAGAAAUAGGUUUGAACAAAAUAAUUAAAACAAAAAAUUCGCCAAAAUAGAUUUCGAAGAUCUACCCUUUCGUCCUGAAGAUCGACUGACUUGAUCCAUAACGAGUCUCUACGAAGACCAGGCUUACUUCAGACCACGGGUUCCUAAACCCCAUUUUGCUGUAUCAAAAAUGACUCGCGACCACAUUUUAUCGUAUAAAAUUGACCCCACUUAAAAAUAUCAAAGUUACCCAACUUUUAAAUACAAAAGUGACCCGCGACACUGUAACAUUGAGAACCUGUUUAAAACUCACCGAGAUGUGUAGUCGCGAAUCAUAAUUUUAUGACAUCGUUCGAGCUUUAAGACAACGAUACAAAUGAAAAUUGCUAUAAAACUAUAACUUUUUCUGUGAUGCCUAAUGGGGCUAAGGUCCAUUUUGGGGAGUCAUUGUGGGGAGCUAAUCACUUGAGACGCUUCUUAGUCUGUCAACACUAUGAUUAUGCCAAGGCUUUGUCAUCUGAGAUUUUUUAAAAAAUGUAAUUAAAUAAAAUUCGGAAUAAGUCAAUCCUGGAUCCGUUAAAUUUUAAAGAUAAUUUUAAAAAAAAAAAGAAUAAAUAGUGUUCCGAUUGUCACCUAAUAUGGUGAAACUCAAGAAAUAUUAAUGAUCGUCUCAGCGGUUUGGGAAACAAUACAUUAUAACCUCAUCUAAAACUGCAACACGUGUAUAAGAAAGGGGUUUUAAAAAGUUGGUCUGAGUGAGGUGGUGUCAACUAGUAAAUAUAUAAAAUAUGCAAGACUUGCAACUACAUUGAAUUAUUCAUUCUAUGAAAAUAGACACCACUAAAAAUUUUUAAACCUCAUAUAAAUUAAUAUAAACAUCAAAUAUAUGUUAACUAUUUGAAGAAGUGAAAUACAUUGUCACUAAAAUUAACAGACCGAAAGGCCAUCAACAUUUCCACAACUAACAUACAUUAGAACUAAAAAAAUCUCCCGUCUUUCAUUUCAGAUCACUGACGGAUAUGGGACUGACCCACGUCAUCCGGGUUGGGGUCGGGGUCGAGGUGAAGGGGGUCGGGGUCGAGGUGGUGGCAGAGGUCGAGGUCAAGGACGGGGUGAAUGGAAAGGACACGGCGGUCCCAGGGGAGGUCACCACGUCCCCGGUGAGCUGCCCCCUGGUGGUCCCAGCGAAGGACCCCCUGGAGAACAACCCGCUCCAAGGUACAGGCGAGACGCCUCGGCUGCCGGCGAGAAGAGCCGCGUUAGACCGGAAAGGUCCAACAGCACUAUCUACAGGUGGACGAGAAAUCUGUCCGAGAACAUCACUGUGCAAGAGGCGGCCUCCUCUCUAAAGUAAGUGCAAGUGAUGGUCAACUUUACAGACUUCUUUAACGACAGACCUGAUUUUAAGACUCUGAAGUAGGUCCCAGUUACGGUCAACUUUAGAGACGGCUUUAACGACAGACCUGAUUUUAAGACUCUGAAGUAGGUCCCAGUUACGGUCAACUUUAGAGACGGCUUUAACGACAGACCUGAUUUUAAGACUCUGAAGUAGGUCCCAGUUACGGUCAACUUUAGAGACGGCUUUAACGACAGACCUGAUUUUAAGACUCUGAAGUAGGUCCCAGUUACGGUCAACUUUAGAGACGGCUUUAACGACAGACCUGAUUUUAAGACUCUGAAGUAGGUCCCAGUUACGGUCAACUUUAGAGACGGCUUUAACGACAGACCUGAUUUUAAGACUCUGAAGUAGGUCCCAGUUACGGUCAACUUUAGAGACGGCUUUAAUGACAGACCUGAUGUUACGUUUCUACAUUUUAUGUUGGUUUUUUUUUCUGUAUGUAGUGGCGAACCUUGCGGUGGGAAGGGGAUCCGCUACGGGCAGUUCUUUUGGGGUUAAUUUGUAAGAUUAUAUAGAUUAUGAGUGUGCCAUGUAGGCGCAGUUUUAAGAGUUCACCCCCAGGCUUCAUUUACUCAAGAUACGCCACUGUUUUUAAAAAUAGAAUUGAUGAUGCCAUCGUGCUAAAAUAACCCACAAAGGAAAACACACAGUUUGUUAUGCUUUCUGACUUUGGACAAAAAAAGGAAGAACGUUGUUUAGGAGGGGGU